CCACAGUUUAGCCUGACAGGUGUUUGUCUACCUGGAGUCAGGCUUGUGAGUUGGGCGGGAGGAGGCUGGGGUGUGUGGGUGUGUGUGCAGGAGGGGUGGAGUCACACGGUCCAGACAGGCGUACUAGACAUCCCCACCGCCACCAGCAUACAGAAAUCCGUCUGAGGCGACGGGAGAGCCGCAGCAGCUUGGCCGCACCUGUGCGUGUUGUGUUUCAAUGGAGGCAGCGGUACUGAGCCCCGCGAUGAUGACUGAGGUGGACUGCAACAGCAACACCCUGAACGCCGAGCUGGAGGUGAAGAAGCUGCAGGAGCUGGUCCGGAAACUGGAGCGGCAGAAUGAGCAGCUGCGGACCCGGGCGAGCGGCUGCUCCGGCGGCCCGCAUGUGCUGCCUCAGCCUCCGGCUUUCGGGGGAUUGUGCCUGUCCAGCCCGCUGCCCAGCCUGCUGUGCCAGUCGUCCUUGGGGUCAUUCACGCCCCCGGAGGAGCCUUUCGAUUAUUUCCUCCCGCACACAGGCGGGGAUGGAGCGUCUGCUGCGGGGGAGCUGGAGGACAGGUCCGAGCCGUCGGUUCUGGAUGAGCUGGAAGUUUUGGACUUGAAUUCUCUGUCCUGCUCAGAGGAGUCUGAUGAAACAUGGUUGUAUGUGUCAUCAAAAGCUCGAGAGUCCACAGACGACUCCCUCACACCUCUGCAGUGGUGCCGGCAGGGUCUGGACUCCCCCAAAUCUGAGGUGGAGGCCGCCAGGCGAUCGCUGUCCCUUCGACUGGAACAAGUCUCCAGGUGGCGUAGCUCCCUGUCCAGCCCUUCCCCCUCGUCCUCCCCCGGCCCUCCACUGAGUCGCGUGGCCGGAGUGUCACCCGUCAGUGCUUCCCCUUCAGCCAAACCCUGCUCCACCCCCCAGUCAUCUGAAAGACAUGCUCCAUCCCUCUCCUCCCCGCUCCACCCGCUCCUCCAUCGGACGCUGAGUCCUGUAGGGAAGGAUCUCUCCCCUGUAGCUGAGAGGACUCCAACAUUCGUCCCUCACAACCGCAGCCGCAGCCUCCGGCGCCUAACCCUCAGUCCCCAGUCAUCCAUGGACAGUGACCUCGGUGCUGCAGAGGUGGAGGAAGACUCCAUCACUCUGGGUUACAAACUGCAAGACCUCACUGAUGUCCAGGUUAUGGCUCGACUGCAGGAGGAGAGUCUAAGACAGGACUACGCCAGCACAUCAUCGAUCCUGGCCAACCGCCGCAGCCAGAGCUUCACCUUCCAGCUCAGCCAGCUCAGCGCCGGCCCCGACCUGGAGGAGGAAGACGAGGAGGACGACGAAGACUACGGCCUCCUGCCCCCACCGCAGCCACGCCUCACCCGCCUUCCGCACUCCCACACCUUCUCCAGCAUUCGAGACUGGCGAAGAAGCACAAGUUCCCUGUCCACCCCUCCUUCCACCCCCUCCACCCCUCCUUACCCUUCCGCUGGGUUCGCCUUUCAACCUCAGCCCCAGGGUCUGGGUCUGGGCCUGGGGCUGGGCAGCCUCUGCGCAGCCGAGCCGCAGGGAUUCAGACCAGGAUCAGCCGAAUUUGAGAAUAAGCUGCGGAGGAGCAUGCCUAACCUUGUCAGAGCUCCCAGCAUGCCUAGUGUGCCCAUUCCAACCAAUCCUAGUGCUUCCCCUUGUUUGCUUCGUAACAGCCAGAGUUUUGAUUCGUCCAGCGGGCUGACUCGACUGCAGUCCUCCAUCCCCUCCCCAGGCCAGCUGCAGAACCGGGUCCAGAGCGUCGGGAACUUCACCUCGUUGUCACGGCAGCCGCUGAAAGCCACCGCCUACGUCAGUCCCACCAUCAAGGGCUCAGCCUCAAUGCCGACCUCCACCAGCCUCCAGUCUCUGAGCAGCAGCAGCAGCGGCGGCGGCGGCGGGGUGGGAAGUGGGAUUCCUCUGCUCAAUAAACCAGCCGGUGGAGGGGGGACGCCCACCUCCACCCCAACUACUCCCCGCAGCAGCCUGCCCCGCCCCGCCUCCUUUGUUGGGACUCCAAGCUCCACCCCACGCAGCAAGGUGGCCCAACCAGCACGAAGUUUACUGACUCCUCCAAAGAGCUUGUCCACCCUCAGUGCCCUUCGUGACAGCACCUGGAGAGACGGCUGCUACUGAUGAACGGAUGAACUGGUGCAGUAGUGCAGUGGCGCCCCGCUGGCUGGGGUAACUCACUACACCUCCACAAAAAAGAAGGGGACAUCUGAAUGGGUUAGACCAAAAAGUAACCAUCAAGUUGACCUUAAAUCGGAGAUCCUGCAUAGAAUAGCUCAAAGUUCUACAGAAGGACCACUCUCUUAUCAUCCAUUCAGCUCUAUGCAGAGUUUCUUCGGGGAAGGCGGGUUGUUGUUUCUGGAUUUGAGUGAAUGCAUGUCAGGUUUCAUUUUACUGACAGCUUGACACUCGGUGACACUGAGUUUGGUCCGUGCCAAGGGGGAGUUGUUCCCUGUUGCUCUUGUGCAAUAAUCCACUGUCUGUAGGGCACCAGUAAUACUCGCCUGCUAAAGAGGGCUGCAGUUUUUAUGAAAUGAGUCUCACAAUACUGUAUUUAUUUAUAUAUUUAUUUUGAAUAAAAAUGUUUGACUAAUCAGGUGUUUUCCCUCUGGCAACAAGCGCCAAUGAUGCUGCUAAAAUUGAAUCAGUCCCUGUUCCUUUGGGCACAUUUGGUCUAAUUUUUACAAGCGAGAUAUUAAAGUAUGUAAUCGUGUACAAAGCUAACUAUUAAGUGUGCAUACAUAUAUAUAUAUUGAUGCAAUAUUAUUGAAUUUUAAAUGUGAAUCUCGACCAAAAGGAAAAUGUCUGAAUGUGUUUACAAAAUUGUCUCACCAUGGCGUCACAAAACUUUCUGCAUAUUAACACUUUUAAACAGUUUAACGACCUGUAAGGGAGCACUUCUUGUUGCACUUUGUAUAAAAAUCUGAAGUUAUUGAUAUUUUUCUGUUCUGUUUACUAAUGUUUGCACUUCUUUUACAUUGGAUCUUCUAACUAAAUAUUUUGGGCAGAUUUCACAGUUCUACACGGCGUAAUGUAGCACUCCUUUGUUUGUAAUAUUUGACUUGUGUUUUUAAAUGAGCGUUAACACAUUUCACAAACUCCUGACACUUUUGUUACUGUUACGGACUGAAUGAGUGAAACAUUUGAAUAAAACACAGCGGAUGAAA